AUGGCGGGGAAGAUUCAGCGGCAAAAGCUCGCCAAGGGCGGCAGUCGCGGACGGUACGGCGUCUCGGGACUGAGCGCGUUUCGCAGCAAGAGCCGACCGGCGCGACGGGCGCCGAUCGCGCGGAAUCGCGGCGCGGACUAUCAAAAGUUUGUGGAACUGCGAGCCAAGGUGGACGCGCUGAGCGCGGAGGAGGCGAAGGGAACGCUCGAUAAGGCGACGGCGAAGGAAUUGAAGAACUUGCGAGCGAAGUUGACGCUGAAGGAGCGCAAACACGGGGGCGGGGCGUGA